AUGAGUGAAUAUAUGACUGUCCCAAUACCUGGACGCAGAAACUCAUCUGUGGGGAAUAAUAAUAUUAGAAGUUCGAUUGAUGUUGGUAAACAAGCAUUGGAUGGAAGUGGUAGUGUCGAGUUAGGGGUUCCAACCGAAACAGGACGACUGCGUGAGAUUGACGAGCGGCUUCAAGCACUGGCACUUAAACAUGAAAUACGAGUCAGCGAACGUGAUCGUCUCAAGGAACUCGAUGGGUAUGAGAUAAUCGCUCUGUGUGAUGAUUCAGGAUCGAUGCAUUUCAAUGUCGAUGGUACUAACCGAACCCGCUGGGAUGAGCUUCGCUAUAUAGUCAAGCUCGUUAUUGAAAUUGCAAUGGUAUUUGACAAGAACGGCGUAGAUGUCUUUUUUCUCAACCGAGAAAAUGCUGUUGGAAUAACUGAUCCACAGGACAUUGAUCGUUUAUUUACGCCUCCUCCAAGUGGAUACACGCCACUUGCACGCAAGCUGCAAGAAAUCAUAAAUUUCGCAGAAAAUCGUGUUGAUAAGGAGAAAAAAGUGCUGAUUUUCAUUGCUACCGAUGGAGCACCAACCGACGACGGUGGAAAUCCCGAUCUGGAAAGAUUUGAGCAAAUCAUGAAACAUGAGCGUAAUGUCGAGACUACUCAUGUGAUGUUUCUACUUUGUACUGAUGAGCCAGAUGAUAUUGCUUAUUUGACCAAAUUUAAAGGAACGAUGAAAAAUGUUGAUGUUUAUGAUGAUUAUGAAACUGAAAAGAAGAAAAUCCGUCGUUUACGUGGAAAUAACCAUGCGUUCUCAAAAGGUGAUUAUAUUGUUCAGGCAUUGGUUGGUGCUGUUGAACAUAAACGUUGA